GAGACACCAUAUUUUGUUUUGUAAAUAAAGAAAUGACUUGGUUUUCAAAAUGUGAUUCGUGAGGUGUGUCUCCUUAUUACAUAGUGACAUAGCAGCUUAAAGUUUAGAACUAGAAGUUCAGCAUGGAUUUGGUUGUAGCCAUUGCUAUUGGUGUGUUGGCUGUUAUAUUUGUUGCUGCCUUGGUUGCGCUGUUGCUGGUGCUGAAAUACAGAUGUAAAAAGGUUGAUCCCAUCACUGAGCAGUACAACAAAGAAUCCAGACAAGAUGCUCAUUUAAUAAUAGAAUCAUCUGAGACCUUGGGCCCUGAGACAAGCUCAGAUGUUGAAUUGGGAGAUGUUCAGCUGACAAACCCCAAGCUGGAAGAGCUUCUCAAUAACACACAAUGGGUUGAUGAUGCCACUGGACUGGUCCCACAUUGUCUGUCUAUUUUAAAAAUCUGUCACCACCUGACAGAGAAAUUAGUUGGUAUGACCAUGGGCAAUGCACCCAACAUCCGGACCCAGGAGACCCUGACAGAGAUUAUGAAAGCCUCCAAGCGUAUCAGUCCCCGUGUGGAUGAAAUAGUGCAGUCCAUCAAUCCUCCACUGGAUCCGAGGCUUUUAGAGGCUAGAUUCACUGCCUUGGUUCUGUCUGUGAGCCACCUUGUGAUGAUCACAAAAAAUGCCUGUCAGAUGCCCGGCACUCUAGACUGGAUAGACCAGAGUCUGGCUGAUGUAGAGGACCAUCUGAGGAUUCUGCGUGAAGCCAGCAUUAACGUAGAACACCAUCACCAAACACAUGUCAACCAUACCAACUCACCAGCCAAAGUUGAAGGCCAAUUGCCUAGACCAAGUCCUGUCAGCAACGACAUCUCUCAAUUAUAGCUGGGUCAUGGUGCUGGUGUACACUUGUGGGGGCGUUUCCUUUAGUAAGCCACCUGAGAAUGUUAUUGCCUUGCCAACUUGUUAAUCCUUCAAGACUAGUUUCUUUUUUUUUGUGAAUUCAAGUUUAUACUUGUAGAAAUUAUUUUCUAUGUAGUCAAUAUAGCUUACAUUUGUACAAUUGAUUUCUCAGAUAACUUGACAACAUUCAUUCUUGAAUAUUGGUUUAGGAUUAGAAAGUUAGUUUUUUAAAAUUUGGUUUGACAAACUUUUUGGAAAAUGAUUCAUUCUUGAAUAUUGGUUUAGGAUUAGAAAGUUUAUUUUUUUAAAUUUGGUUUGACAAAUUUUUGGAAAAUGAUGCUUUUUCUGGCAAAAAAUAUGAUGGUAUGUAUAAACUGUUUUGCUAUAAAGGUAUACUUAUAUAUAAAACUAUAUCUAUUUUUCUUUCUCUUCAUAUAUGUGUUUGUAUGAUGCAAGUAUGUGAUUGAUUUUUGGAGAAAAAGGAGCAUGUUGGUGCCCUUUUCUUUCUUUACUUUUUAUAAUAAAAAAAUCUUUUUAAAAAGAUUUCAAAUCAAAAUACCAUGUUGUAAAAUGAGAUCUAUCUGCUGAAGGGAAGCAAAUCAAAAUACCAUGUUUUUACAGUAAAAUGACAUAUUAUGUCUGCUGAAGGGAAGCAAUGGGUUAGACAUGUUGCAAAUUAAUGAAAUGUUAAAAUGACAGGAACAUUGUCAUUCAGUCAAACUAAACUUGACUGAUUGACAAUGCUGGCUUAGUGCUAACUUCAAGAAUUUUAAAAUUGUAUAACUUUUUAAAAUAGCGCAUUUUAAAACUAAUGAAAGACCUAAUUUUUUGGCUAUGAGUUGUAGUUUUGCAUUUAAUAAAAAGGAAGCAAUUCGAUAAAAAUACUGAUGAACUUUGUAAUAGAAUAUAAAAUGAUUUAUGCUGAUUAAAUUUAGCUUUAAAGAAAUCUACAAUUUAAUUAAAGAAAUAUACUCAAUAUAAUUAUAUAUUAUGUAUGGUGACAAUGUGCCCCAUAUGCUUCUUCGUUAUCUCCACAGUUUGAUGUAAUUUUUUUUUAUUGUUGCAGCUUGUGUUUACAAUUUUUUAUGUGUUAGAAAAAAUUUUCACCAUAAAGUGCUACACAUCUUUUUAUAGCUUUAAGAUGUUAUGAAAAGGUAAUGUCGCAUCUCAUGUCCACGUUCAUAUAUUGUUUACUAUUGUGACAUUGUUUGGUACUCAUAAUAAUAAAAACAAUUUGUGUAAGCUACAAGGCUUAUUAUGGAUGUUAUAGCUGGAUAAGAAAAUUAAAAUACCUAAUGGAUAUCUACAAGUAAAGCUGUCACAAAGAGGUUAAAAACAAACUCAAAUCUGCAUUCCGUUAUCAUUCCUCAGGAUAAUUUUCCAUUUUCUGGUUAUCAGCUAACAUUGUACUCACAAGUUAUAAAGUUGUUUUAGUCUUGUUACAAAACUGAUUGUAGUCAUUUUUUUUGUGUGUGCUCUACUUUGCAUUUAUAAGCAUAUGAAUCUAUAAGCCUCUGUAAUUAUCUACUGAAGCUACUCCACUCAUUUAUUAUAUUUUUAAAGUAUUUUAUGAUUUUAAGCAUUAUGUUUAUUGCAGUUUUGCUUGCAUCAGCAUUUAUUCUAUUUUGUAAAAUACAUAAAUUUAGACUGCAACUGAAAACAAUGUUUACUAAUUAUUAUUAUCUCUUUUUUUUAUUUUCAGUUUCUAUUGUAAAUUAUUGUUAUAAUAUCAAAACUCUUUAUUGUACUUAACCAAGAAUGUGUUAACAAUACAUUGAUAUUUUUAAAAAAUUAUUGUUGUAAUUUUGUGAUAUUGGAGAUUUAUACAUUUACAAUAACAUAAAGUGUCUUCAUGCUAACUUUAUCCAAGAGAAAUAACUUUGUAAUAGUAUAUGUUUUAUAAAAGAUAUAUCAUUUAUAUUAGCAGCUUAUGAAAUAUUUAGCAAAGUGCCUUAACUUUAAAGUUCUUGCCACACUGUCACAGAUUUUAAUUUGUGAUACUCAUUACCUACAAAAGCAAAUGUUUUUCUUUUACCUAACUACCUUAAAUUAAAACAAAAUAUAUUAUGUCUUAAAUUACCACACAAAGUUUUAUUAAAUGAAAAAAUUGUUUACAACUUUGCAAAAACAAUAUUUCAUAAUAAUCUAGUCAUAAAUGUUACACUGUCAUGAUUGAGGUAUAUUCCAACUGUGUUUCAUUUUCAAUAAUUUGGUUACUUUUUAAACACUUGUUAGAUCUAUGUUGAUUUAGUGUCGUCGACAUUAGCCAAUUAGCUGUCUAAAUGCAGAUUACCUGAAUAAAUACUUUUCAAGUGAUGUUUAUAUUGAAAAAGUAAUAUAAUGAUUUUAGUAGCAAACAUAAAUCCAAAUAAAAGUAACGUCUAUUUCUUUUCAGUAAUGUUAAAGACCGCAUAGAAACCAAUACUGCUCUAUUGAAGUACUGUAAUUUCAAACUAUUAUCUUUUUAAUGUUGUCUUUAAAUAACAUGGAGUGUUUUAUUUUUUUUUAUUUAUAGACAUGUUUAUUGAUUAGACAUUCCACAGUUUAAUUAAGCCAGUGUCCCAUUUUGGCUGUCUAAUAUACUGAUUUUGUUCGUGAAACUGGUUUAAAUUAAUAGCUUCAGCUCUUCUUCUGUCAACUGUUAAAACUAUGAUUAUACAAAUGUUUUUUAGUUUCCUAAUAAAACAAUAAAAGCUGUUAAAUUUUGGUAUUUGAAAUAAUUAAAUGCUAAUGUAAAUGAAUAAAUCUUAGCUUUAAAUUUUAAAAUCUUGAUGACCUCAACUUAUUUUGGCUAAUUUUAGAAAAAGUGGAGUUGCAAAUUAUCUGAAGCUGUGAUGAGGGGUGAUAAAUGGUAUAAGGAAGGGACAGAACCAAGGCAGUGAAAAUAGAAGGGACAGCACCUUCAAUAUUUCUUGCCAUUUAUGUCAUUUACUAUUUUUAUCAAAGGAUCAAAGCUUAACCAACUUAAUUUUUUAACAUAUAUUAACCAUAUUGGACUGUUACUAGAGUGUUAAAAUUAUUUCUUGAAAUUUUUAUGUAAAUAUUCUAAAUUCAAAUCUAAAGUAUUAGUUUCAAAUUUAUUGCUUUUUUUUUUGACUAUGUAAAAAUUUUUGGUUUGCUUUAAAAAUCUAAAACAUGUUUAUUUUUUUACACUACAAAUUAUACUGUAACCUUUUAAAUUAUGUGUAAUAACUGAGUAUGUGCUAAUGUUGAAGAUAAAAUUGUUGUUUAAAGACCUUUGCAUUUAUAAAAAUAGUGCCUUUAUACUGAUGAUUUUUUUUUUAUAUUUUAGCUAAAGCAGAAAAUGAAAUAAAAUAAAUAAAUUGGUAGCUUUUAAUGCCAAUUGUACAUUCCAGGUAAAAAUUCAAGAAGCCUAACAAUUUACAGUGCAAGGCUGAUUUUUUUUCCCCUCGUUGAAAGUAAUCUUUUAUAAUAUAUAUAGAUUACGAAAUAUAUAGCUUUAAUGUUGAUUAUAUUUUUAUAAGAUUUAAUAUUUAACAAGCCAUAAAUUAGCUGCAAAGAGUAAAACUUGCCCUAGUCAUGAAGGAGUUGAGUUGAUGUUGGCUUUUGACUAAUUUUCACUUAUUUACUUGUAAAGUCGUAUCUAAACAUAUCCAAUGUUAUUUUAAUGAUCAUAUCUUCCUUUGCAUUCCAUACAUUUUUAAUGCAGUCACAUUCUAUACUUUUCACUAAAAAUGUGAUUAAAACUUCUCUCCAUUCC